ACCCCAAGCUAGAAUAGUUAAGACUGGGGCUGAGCUGAAAAUCUGGGGCUUCAGUUCAGAGAGGGUUCAAUUGUGAGGGCGAAAGGAGAAACUACACAGCGUCCAAUAACACACCUGAAAGAUAGAGCUGAGCUGCUAGGAGUUUAGGACUAGACCCAAAAUAAUGGAUGUAUGUGGAGCAACACCAUGGACUUGUGACGAAGAGGCGCUUUGGUCACACGAUGAGAAUAAACAACUUGUCAAGGUAUGUAAGUGCUUAAGGAUAUUUUGGAAAGUAUCACCGCGUUUUCCUUCUGUUCCGCCAACUUCAUUCGAAUUUUAAUUAAAUAAUCAAUAAUGGGAAUGAUGUUCCGCCUUCUCGUCUUCCUCGCUGCCACCGCUUCAGCAACCCUCACAACUCGUCAAGUAGACUACAGCUCUCUCCACUGCCCAUCGGACUCCCUAAGCACAUUAACAACGCCCACCUACGGCACAGACGGCGCAAUAUUCACCGUUUGUUCCGAGCUUCUCAUCACGGCCUCGCCUCUUGUCGUGUAUAACGCGAUUCUGGACUUCAAAUCGUACCAACAAUGGAACACCUUCAUAACCGACGUCGCCCUGCCCUCCAACGUGUCAUCAACCCCAGGAGACCUAUACAUGGGAACGGCCAUGACCUUUACGUCUAACGGACUAAUCGGAGAUCUCAACACCACGAGCGCGGAGAUCCUCACGCUAUUCGACGCCUCCGGCUCUUCGGGGUAUCUAAUCAACGCGUGGCGUUACGACGAUGGAGUAGGAGGCGUUAGCGCUAGAGCAGAGCACCCCAACGUUUUGGUCGACCUGGGAAACGGAUCGACGCGGUACCUGUCCUACGAGACGUACUACGCGGGAUUAUCGACGGGCGCGAUAGCGCUGUUGAAGGGACAGCUGAAAGAUCAGUUCGAUGCCCAGGCGCAAGAUUUGAAGGCAUAUGUAGAAAGCUUGUAAUCACCUAGUUGCUUCAAACCUGGCGCCUUAAGAUCUACUUGAAAAAAUAACAUCGCAUUUAGACUAUGUAUCUUUAUCUUAAAGGGGGAGUUUAGAAAGACAAUA